CGGGCACUAAGCGGUAAAUGUGUACAUGCGCAUAGCGACAGACGGAACAACAACGUCACUUCCUUUUUAGAACUGCCGACAUGGCGACAGGGACACUUUACACUUACCCAAAGAACUUCAGGGCAUAUAAGGCCCUCAUAGCUGCCCGGUACAGUGGAACAGAUGUGAAAGUUGAUCCUGACUUCAAAUUUGGAGAGACAAAUGCAUCUGCAAACUUUAUCGCAAAAUUCCCACUAGGCAAGGUGCCGGCUUUUGAAUCUAGCAGUGGAAUUACUCUUUUUGAGAGCAAUGCAAUUGCCCAUUUCGUUGGAAACACUCAGCUUCAGGGAGCUACACCUGAGGCUGCGGCACUGGUGCAGCAGUGGAUAAGUUUUGCUGACAAUGAAAUUUUACCCGCAGCCUGCACUUGGGUUUUUCCUUGCCUUGGCAUCACGCAGUUUAACAAACAGGACACAGAGAAGGCAAAAGGACAGAUCACCAAAGCAUUGACUGUGCUGAAUGAUUACUUACUGACUCGCACAUACCUUGUGGGAGAAAAUGUGACUCAAGCUGACAUCAGCCUGGCUUGUAAUCUACUGGCUCUAUAUGAAAAUGUGCUGGAUCCUGAAUUUCGCAAACCUUUCCAGAACGUCAACAGAUGGUUUUGUACAAUAAUCAACCAGCCUAAUGUCAAGGCUGUUAUUGGCGAGUUGACCCUCUGCACCAAAAUGGCACAGUUUGAUUCUAAAAAGUAUGCGGAACUACAUGGAGCUCAAGGUGGACAAAAGAAGGAAAAGAAAGAAAAGCAGGAGAAGCCAACUAAAGAAAAACAAGAGAAACCAGCAAAGGAAAAACAGACACCCAAGAAAAAGGAAGCCGAACCUCCACAGGCAGAUGAAGAUGAAGAGGCAAAGCCUAAAGAGUCUAAAGACCCUUUUGCAGCUUACCCUAAAGGGACCUUUGACAUGGAUGAAUUUAAGCGUGUAUAUUCCAAUGAGGACACACUGACUGUGGCAAUUCCAUAUUUCUGGGACAAAUUUGACAAGGAAAACUAUUCUAUUUGGUACUGUGAAUACCAGGAAGAUCUUUCAAAGUUCAUCACUUUCAUGUCGUGCAACUUAGUCAGUGGCAUGUUCCAGCGUCUGGAAAAACUCAACAAGAAUGCUUUUGCAAGCAUGUGUAUAUUUGGUGAGAACCAUCAGAAUCAGAUUGCAGGCCUAUGGAUUUGGAGAACUCAGGAACUUGUCUUUACCCUUAACCCUGAUUGGCAAGUGGAUUACGAGUCAUACUCCUGGAAGAAACUAGAUCCUGAUGCUCCUGAGACCAAAGAAAUGGUCAAAGAGUUCUUCCUUUGGGAGGGGAACUUUGGUGGGAAAAAGUUCAACCAGGGUAAAGUCUUUAAGUGAACAUUUCCACUGAGCAGCCCUAACCAUGGCAAAAAACCUUAUGUGAUACAGUUCCAAGGAUUUUCUGCACUGUCAAGUUCUCCUGAUCAGUUAAUGACUGCUGCUUGUGAAGGCUUGACAACGCAAAUAAAGUGUCCAAGAGUUUGACUUGCA